AUGAUAACAGCAUCAGCAUCAUCAUCAUCAUCAUCAUCAUUGGGAGAAGGAGAAGAAGUGAAGAAAUAUCGAUUCGCAUUGGUCGCCAAAUGGGCGACUCAUCCCUUUUUCGAGGCGGCCCACGAGGGUUGUUUGGUGGCCGCCUCUGAGUUGGGUGAUACGGAAUGCGUGUACGUUGGCCCCAUGGAUUCACCCGAUGGAUACGAACAGGAACGGAUCGUCCGCAACUUGAUUUUCAAUGAUACCAUUGACGGGAUUGCCAUAUCGGUGGGAUUGCCCGAUGUGAUGCGCGAGACCAUCCAUAUGGCUAUGGACUCCUAUAACAUUCCGGUCGUUACGUUUGAUAGCGACGAUCCCCAAUCGGAUCGAAUCGCUUAUAUAGGUACCGACAAUACCUUUUUUGGAGAACAGUUGGCCAAAACCUUGAUUCAAUUGCAUCCCAACGGUGGUAGCUUCGGAGUUUUGGGGAGUUUUCACGACGCACCCAAUCUAGCGGAACGAAUGGUGGGAUUGCGACACACCCUAACGAACCGCAAUCAUGGGGAUGGAACAUGGAUCGAGGUGGAGGGGAGUCCCUUCGCGUAUAACGCAACCGAUAUGGAUGCCGCUUUCGCACAAAUGGAAUUCUUUGCCCAACAAAACGUUACGGCGAUUGUUCCCGUCCAAGUUGGUCCUAUGGGCGACGGGAGACGAUGGAAAGAGUUUCGACGACGACACGCCAACAUCACAUUGGUCAAUGCCGAUGAUUUAGAUUUUCAACUGACUUUGUUGGCGCAUCGGUACGUGGAUGGAUUAGUCGGACAGUUACCAUUCGAAAUGGCGUUAUUGUCCAUGAAAGCACUACACCAACUCGUACAAGGCGAAACCCUCGAGUCCGAUGUUAUUGGGACCAAUUUAUUAGUCCACUUGAAGGUCCCGUUGGUACUGCCGGGAUUGGUCGUGGACGAUGGUCGAAUCGAUCAGCUGCGGAUCAUGGGAUAUACCUUUUGUGCAAUCGCCGUAACGGCGUCGUUGGGGGCAUGUGGAUGGACUUUUGCCAACAGGAAAGUACGGGUGGUCAUUGCCAGUCAACCCUUCUUUUUGUACAUGGUAGCCGUGGGGAUCUUGAUUUUGUCCAGUACCAUCAUCCCGUUGUCGUUUGACGAUGGUGGGCACCAAUACGACUAUCGUGAGAAUUUAGAUCUUUCGAUCACAGCCAACCAAGAUGAAACGAAACGGGUUGCCAUUUGCAUGUCGGUGCCAUGGUGUGCUUUGAUGGGCUUUUCGAUAGUAUUUGCCUCGCUAUUCAGUAAGACAUGGAGAAUCAACAAGAUCUUUCGAUCGCAGACGUUCACACGAGUGCAAGUCACGGCCCGUCAGGCCCUGACGCCGAGUAUGCUCGUGCUCGGUCUGAACUUGGUUGUUUUGAUAUGUUGGACAAUCCUGGAUCCAUUGACGUACACACGGCAGGCCCAUCUGGGGACCGAUGGAUGGAACCGUGAAUUGAGUACCUACGGUUCGUGUCAAUCCAACAACGUUGCAAGAUUCAUUGUGCCCCUGUUCGUUAUCAACCUCAUCCUGUUGGCCAUUGCCAACUGGCAAGCCUACGAGGCGAGAUUCAUCGAGAGUGAAUUUGCAGAGUCCAAGUACAUUGCUGCCUGUAUGGCGAGUUUACUGCAAGCCAUUGUGAUGGGCGUUCCGAUCUUGUACAUGAUUCGUGACAACCCGGAAGCGUACUACCUGAUUCUAGUUACCACGAUAUUUGUCGUGUGCAUGGUAACCUUGUCGGUGAUUUUUCUUCCGAAGAUGCUCUAUGUGAGAGAAUUCUUGUCCAUGAGUAAAGAAUCGCAAAUGUUUACAAUGAAGGAUGCCAUCCAACGAUCAUCGGUCACUAGUAGUGCUAGGAGGUUGUCUACUACCGGGAUGGAUCGAUCGCCCGCGAGGAGGAGUCCUGUCGAUCUCCAAUCGUCUCUUCGAAGUCGAUUCUUUCGGGUGAAGGAUCCCAACGAGGGACAAACGGCGGCAUCUGGUACAAUAAUGAGACAGCGUCGUGCAUUGAAUGAUUCAUCACGACAGAAACAGGUGGAACGACUUCCACUCGCGGCAAGCUCCAUCGCAGAAGGUGCUGUACCAGCCUUUGACAUCACCGAUGAGACAACGAGCAAUGACGAGUUAGAAGAGGGACAACAAGAUGGAUUACGACUCUACCGUCGACGAGAGCCUGUCAUCUUGAGCGUCGUUGAUGACGAUGUUUCGAAUUGUGAAUCUGAUGGAAAUCUACGACAUCAUACUAAAUCUUCUGAUGUGGAGGGUGGGGAAGGGGCUGCUGCCAAAGCUAUGGCGGAGUGUGAUCCAGUCACAAUUGUACCGGAUACAGAAGAGAAACCUGAGGAAGCCUGUUAG